AUGCCAUUUCCUUUUUCUACACUCGAAAUGCCUCAUCUUUGGAGGAGAAGAGGUGGAGGUGUAAAGGAGCGUCUUGCGUCCAUAACAGGACAAUGGGGCGUCACGCUUAAGCUGAAUCACGGCGAGUCAACAUUGCGUCCUCUUCAGUUCGACCGUUCUCGAAUCUCUGACACUUCAUCAGUCGCUAAUGGAACAUUGUAA